AUGGUUUUGCCAGCAGAGGAGCAUCAUGAUGCAACGUCUGAGAAUAUAGAACCUCGUUUUCUCUUGUUUGGCCAUGGUCAAGCACCGUUUGCGGAGGCUGGAUUCCCGGCGAGCCCUCCGGCGAGAAUCCGACGACGGGAAGAAGGCAAUAAGGUGAAUGCUGCGCAUUCGUACUUAUCCGAGGCGAGGAAGAAGCGUGUGGGGAUGAAAGGAUUGGAGGGGAAGGAAGGAGAGCGUCACCGGCACGCGUCUACGUCGUGUGAACAUGCCACGUCGGCGUCCGGAUCGAGUGGGAAAUUCCCCAUCAUUAUAAUUUAUAAAUAUUAUAAAGAGCAACCCAAAUUCAAUUCAACCAAGAUUCAUUUUAAUUCACAUCCCUCCCUAUUCAUGGUCGCCAUUGCAUUCAAAUCUAGGGUUGAGCAUAGGAAACAGUUGGAGUUGGAGUUGGAGUUGGAGAAUGCACGAAAGGCCGGGCUAGCAGCGCCUGAGGUUGACGAAGAUGGAAACCAAAUUAACCCUCACAUCCCACACUACAUGUCCUCUGCACCCUGGUAUCUCAACGCCCAGAAACCUUCCUUAAAGCAUCAAAGAAAAUGGAAGCCACAACCCAAUUACGCCAAAUCAUGGUACGACAGGGGAGCCACGAUUUAUCAGGCCGACAAGUACAGAACCGGCGCCUGCGAAAACUGCGGAGCCAUGACCCAUACCGCCAAAUCUUGCACGGAAAGGCCUCGGAAAUCAGGAGCAAAAUGGACGGGGAAACGUAUUGCCCCAGACGAGAAAAUAGAGCAAUUGGAGUUGGAUUAUGACGGUAAAAGGGACCGCUGGAAUGGGUACGAUUCUGCUUCUUAUGUCCACGUUAAGAAACUCAAGGAAGAUGAUGAAGAUCUGGAGGAUGAAAGUAUCCCCGGGACUGUAAUGAAUCUGCGUAUUCGAGAGGAUACUGCUAAGUAUCUUCUCAAUCUUGAUCCCAAUUCUGCCCACUAUGAUCCCAAAACCCGGUCCAUGCGUGAAGAUCCCCUUCCUGAUAUGGAUCCCAAAGACAAGUUCUAUGCUGGGGAUAACCAUAACAGAUUAAGCGGUGAAGCGCUCGAGUUGAAGCGUCUCCAUAUUCUUCAUAUGCAAGCUGAAGCAGCUCCCUCGGAAGCCGAAUUGCUCUAUAAAAGCUAUAGAAUCAGUGAGGAGAAGUUGAAGUCUGAGAGAAGGGACACCAUCAUGGAGAAAUAUGGGAAUGCAGCUAAUGAGGAAACACUGUCCCCAGAACUUUUACUGGGUCAAAGUGAUAUUCAAGUAGAAUAUGAUCGGUUUGGGAGGAUUGUGAAAGGAGAUAUGUCACUCCCAAAAAGCAAAUAUGAAGAGGAUGUUUACAAGAACAAUCAUACUAGUGUUUGGGGUUCUUGGUGGAAGGAGAAUGUAUGGGGUUAUAAGUGCUGCAAACAAACAAUUAGAAACACUUAUUACUAGGAAGAUAAAUAGAGUCUUAUAUUCAAUUACCGAGUAUAUUUUUGUGUUUAGAGUUUUGUAUUAUUCAAAAUUAAUUUCAGAAAGAGCUGCAAACACACAUUUGUUUUGACACUAAUUUUUUGAGCACUGAAGUCCUACUCACUCCUGCAAUUAGGACAUUUUUGGUUUGACGUAUGAUACACUGAUGCAGUAUGGUGAUUUUGUGCAAAA